AUGGAAAAGAAGAAGAAGAGGAAGAAGAAGGAAAAAGAAAAACUGAAAAGAAAAACAACACAACUGGUAAAAGGUAUAUUUGUGGAACGUUAUGAUCCAACAAUUGAGGACAGUUUUAGGAAACAGAUCAGUGUUGACGGUAAAUCGUGCAUUUUAGAAAUAUUGGAUACAGCUGGCACGGAACAAUUUACUGCAAUGCGUGAUUUAUAUAUGAAGAAUGGUGAAGGUUUUAUAAUUGUAUACUCCGUUACCGACCCACUUAGCCUUACUGAAGCUACAGAUAUCUUUCAAAAUUUGGUUCGAGUCCGGCAGAAGUAUCAUUUCCCACUAAUACUGGUCGGCAAUAAAUGUGAUGAUCUCGAAAACCGUAUUGUUUCAAAAGAAGAUGGAGAGCAGUUAGCGAUGCAGUUCAACUCAACCUUUUGCGAAAGUUCUGCCAAAGAAAACAUUAACGUCCUUUCGAUAUUUGAAGAUAUUGUGCGACAAAUACGGAUCGAAGAACAACUAUGCGCACAGGCCAAAGCGAAUGGGGAACGUCGGUGGUACGGUGGAGAGGACAGCUCUUUCUGUUGCUUUAUGUAA